GGAAGGCAUCGAUGAAUUCCAGUGUACAUAUUUUCAUAUUCCUGAGGAAUUAAGCUGGUUUUUUCGAAGUUAUAACGAUUUGUGUCUAUUCUUUACAUUGAAGUUGAAGUUUAAUAAAAUUAUUGAAGGCUCGUCAUGGCGACUCCAAUCAGUACUGCAAAGGACAGUCUCGAUGCAGCCAAGAAAUCAAAUAUAAUACCAAAUCAGGAGUAUUUGCUACAAGGCUCAGUUUUAGAUAAUGCCGUUGAAGUUUUGCUCCAUAGGUUAAGAGGGUUAUGUGACAAUGUAGAUAGUGGCCCUGAGACAUUUCAUGAUCAUGAAAUGUGUUUCAGUAUUAGAAGGGGUCCUCCACCCGAACAACCUCUUCUAUUAAGGGUUCGGAGAGCUCUAGACUAUCAAGACAUGCCUUGGCAACUACGCUACAUUGGUCAACCUGAGUUAGGAGAUAAAUCUCGUCCUACACUAGUCAGAAGUAGCAUAGACAUAGCAACUAGUAAUACUGUUGUUGAAUUUCUGACAGAACUUGGAUGCAGACUUGAUUUUGAAUACAUUGUGCGUGGCUACAUGUUUCGUAAAGGAAGAAUGAAAGUUACUGUUUCAAAAAUUUUCAAAAUGGGUCAGGGUAAACCUCCAGAGAGUGUGGAGCCUAUAUCCCAAAGUUAUCUGGUCGAGCUUAGCGUACUUGCACCUAGUGGACAAGAUGCAAUCGCUGAAGAUAUGAGGAUAUUUGCUGAACAACUUAGACCACUGGUGCAACUUGAAAAAAUAGACUAUAAACGAUUAGUACACUGAUUUUUUUUUUAUAUUAUCAACUCUAAUAUAAGAUCAUGCAUUAAAAUAAUUAAUUGAUCACCAACAUGACUGGUAUAUGUGUGAUAGUGAAUAAUACAAAUUGGUAUGUAAACCAAUAUUCUGCAAUUAAUACUUUAUGCCCUACUACAUGGGACACAUUACUAUACCUUAUAAAUAAUGGAAGGUAUUUUUAAAAAGUGAUUUAUAAAAUAGUGACAAUAAGUAACGAUAACUAAGAAGUUUUUUUUUACGAAAACAAAGAAUUUUAGACGAGUUUAAUACAUCCCGUUUGCAUCGUUAAUAAAGAUAAUUUGUUCGCAUAGGAAA